CGGACUACUCACUUCGUCAAUAAAACAUUUGACUAAAUAUAAUUUUUCACUUUUCAUUCUGAACAAAUGUUACAGUAAUACAUCGAGAGAUUUCCCACACGCCAUUUUGAUAACAUCAAAUGCACAAAAUGGCGGAAAAUAACACCGGUUUAUAUGGGCCUAUGGCAGAGCCUUUGAAAAUGGUGUCACAAGAAGUGGUAGAGCACAUGUUAGGCUGGAAUAUUCCAGAAGAACACCGAGAUCUAGUCCAUGAACAUUGGCGUAGCUUUCCAGCGGUCAGCAAGUACUGGCAUUUUGGUCUAGCCCUCAUCUACUCAGUACUGAUGAUCACAUCGAUGAUGGGGAACGGAAUGGUGGUCUGGAUUUUUAGCACGGACAAUUUAUUAGUAAAACUACCAUGUUGGUUUGUUUUUUGUUCAGAGGGCUUCCUGACGACGUGCUCCUUCGACUACUUGACGGAAGACCAGGACACGAAGAUGUUCGUGGCUUGCAUCUUCAUCUGGAGCUACUGCAUCCCCAUGGCGCUUAUCUGCUACUUCUAUUCGCAGCUCUUCAGCGCCGUACGACUCCACGAGCGAAUGUUACACGAGCAGGCAAAGAAGAUGAAUGUGAAAUCCUUAGCAGCGAACAAAGAGGACGCUGGUAAAAGUGUGGAGAUACGCAUCGCUAAGGUCGCCUUCACCAUCUUCUUCCUGUUUAUAUGUGCCUGGACGCCGUACGGUUUAGUUGCUAUGAUGGGUGCUUUUGGGGACAGGGGUAUUUUAACUCCGUUGGCAACUAUGAUACCUGCCGUCUGCUGCAAAGUGGUCUCCUGCAUCGACCCCUGGGUAUAUGCUAUCAGUCAUCCCAGAUACAGGGCGGAACUUCAAAGGAGAAUUCCAUGGUUGGGCGUCCGCGAACAAGAUCCCGAUGCGGUUUCCACAACUACCAGUGUCAACACUUCGCAGUCGCAGGCCCAAUCCAUAGACGCCUAAAAAUAAUACACCGGCUUCGACUACAAUGAGCGUUAACCAUCGCAUUCGACUUCUACUGCAUUGCACUUAGUUUAUUGUAGUGUAUGUGAAUGAGAAAACUGGAGUUUGUAACUGUGGAUGACUGUGAAAUUUUCGAUUUGGCUCGGUAUGAAUUUCAGGAUAACCUUAAAGAAAUUAAAUAAUGCCGGAGUACCUACCUCUCCAAACUUGAUUAGCUGCUCCAUAAAUUUGUGACGAUAAAGUAAGGUAAAUGUUCAAGUAUUUUAGGGUAAUGGUACCAAUGACCGACAUUUUGAUGGAAGUGUCUUUAAAUUUGAAAUAACUUUUUGUUUUUAAACAUACACUCCCGGACAAUAAUUCAAGCCACCUCGCAUUUUCAGUAUUAAAUGUCCUAAGUUGGAACAAUGUUUCAGCUUAGAGCAUUUAAUACAAUGCAAUUGAUUGAUCAAAAACCAUUAAGCAAUUUUGUAACUAGUAUACUAAACGGCUUUUCCAUAAAUCCUUGUUGGAAAUUUGGAUUUGCGAAACCGGGGGAAAUCUUUUUCUUCAACGAUAACACAACUUUUGUAUUCUAGCCCUUGAAGACAAAAAUGCGAGGUAGCUCGAUUUAUGUAUCCGGAAGUAUAUGUUUAAAAACAAAAAGUUAUUU